UUUUUGUCCGACUUCAGGUGGCGUUUCAUGGUAUUUUCUCUAGUUGGAGGUUGGACGUUUCUGAGUUCCCAGUUGCCUGGGACGCAGCAUAAAUGUUCAAUUAUGAAAGUGUGGAAAACCGGCUAAUGAUGCCAGCUGGAUUUAGCUUCCUCGGCAGCUGGUUUCUGCACCUUUUCAUCAGCGUCAUUCUUCCAGCGACAGGUAAGCCUCUACAGAGCGGCUCACCUUGGCGAAUAUCUGCAGCUGCUGGUAAAGAUGUCAUUCUUCCGUGUCGCCUCACCGCAUCUGUUGACCCCUCACCUGUCCUGGUGGCAGAGUGGUCCCGGGUAGAUGGUCCGUUUCCAGUGACGGUUCAUGUUCUCCGCAACGGCGAAGAACUUGUAAAGGAGAAAGCGCCAGAGUACCUCGGGAGGACGGCCAUAAUGGAGGACGGUUCCCUAAAGUUGCUCGGUGUCCAACGGCGAGACAACGGCACCUACAGGUGCGUCCUUCUAAGAGGAUCGUCUGUGGAGGAGUUUGUUUCGCUCACUGUUGCUGAGGUGGCCGAGGUGAAAAUAUCUGUCCGUCGCACUUCAGCCAACGAGCUGUUUGUCGUCUGUGAGUCCAGCGGCUGGAGCCCCGAGCCGGUGGUUUCUCUGCUGGACGCCGGCGGAAGCGUCCUGGCUGCUCAGACGGAGUCAUCAGUCCGACCAGAUGACCUCCACUCCGUCAGGGCGCUCGUUAAUGUGGCAGCAGUUAAAGCAGCACUAACAGGAAGUGGUACCGUGAUCUGUAGAGUGGAACUACCUGAAAUGAGCCUGGCAAACGAGAACAAGAUUUAUAUCUCAGAUGAGUUCGAUCCCUUCGAGCCAGGACUUGGUUGUAAUUUCGUGAUGGUCUUCGCCAUCGUGCUGGUUGCCGUCGUCAUAGCUGUCAUGCUCUUUGCGUUUCCUGUAUGGAUGAUCGAGAAGCUGCGAUCUUCACUGCGUUCUUCGCUGCGGCGUCUGACAGAGUUCAGCUUCGAUCUGGUCACUCAGCAGAGAGACGGAGAACCAGAUGAACGGCUUCUUGGAGAGACAUACACAGAGUACGGCGACAUCACCAGGGUGGAAACGACGGGAGCUUCUGAAGAGACGGCGAACACAAACCAGCUGCUCAGCAGAGGGAUUGAAGCCUCCCACCAGCUGGCAGAGAGUGACCUAAAUGAGAUGAAGAGGUACAAAGAGGACAUCAGCAGCGUGGGAAAAAUACUUAAUGUCCAUCCGGCCCUGAUCGCCGGCAUAAUCUCCAGACAGUCUCGGGCUGGAACCAAACUGAGCGCCAACGGCUAUGGAAAGUUCAACCAGAACUGCUUCGGCCUCAUGCAGAUCAGUAAGCAUUACCACGCGGUGAAAGGAAACCCGUUCAGCAGAGAGCACCUGGACCAGGGAGUUACCUUCUUCAUCCAGCUCAUCAAGACCAUGAAGAGGACUAAGCAGGACUGGAGCAAAGAGCAGCAGCUGAAAGGUGCGUUGGCGUGCUACAUCGCAGGUGAGGAGAGGGUCAUCCCUUUAUCGUACGAGGAGGUGGACAGCGUGACACCUCACGGGGACUUUGCCAAUGACGUGGUCGCCAGAGCGCAGUGGUUCGCCCACAGUGGCUUCUAAAUGUUUCUAAAUAAUUUUCCCUUUCUUCCUAUUCUUGGUAUUUAGGGAGAAUUACUGUUUUAAGCUCGUCUUCCGUACGUUCAUGAACCAUCACAUACGCAUGUUUGGUCGAGACCCCUUGGAGUCGUUUGACAUGUAACGGCUCCACGGUCAGACGUAAAAAGGUGCCACAUGCACAUUUAAAGAGGUUACCUCAAUCAGUCAGGUGUGUUGAUUCAGCAGUGAUGAUAUUAAGUUGAUCUACAGGAGAAACAUAUCUGAAAGCUGACAGCUGCUCUGCAUUAUUUUCUGUUACAAUUUUAGAUUUUGAAUUGUUUUAUUAUACCUUUUAUUAAACCAGAAAAACUAUUUUUCCAAGAGUUACCUGGCCAAGGCAGGCAGUAGUACAAUUGCACAAUUAAGAUGGGAAUAAAAAAUCAAAAUGUUCUUAAAUAGUCACCACAAUUCAGCAACAAGGACGAUCAAACGAGUAAUCAGUCAUAACAUCUGAAGGCAGAAUUGCCAGCCUUUAAAAGCAACAGGGAAACAAAGAUACAGCCCCCUGCGGGCUACCUGAAUUUUGUGUCCCUUUUUAUAUAAAUUUCCACAAUAAAUUGAUGCAGAAAAGGCAAAAAUUGGUGCAGAAAAACACCAAAAUGCAGGAAAUUAACACUCAAAAUUUUCUGGGGUGGUACCCCCACACCCCCUGUUUAUACUGUCGCAGUUUUGUUGUUUUAUUUGAAUUACACACAUGACAUUACAAUUUAGCAGACAUGACACAGUUAACAGUGUUGUUGGGAGUUUUGUUGUGCCGUAUAAGUAGAGGAUGUUUACUGUUGCUUUACUGCUUGAUGGAGGGUCAAUUAUUAUGUGAAGAUAUGAAGUUUUAUAAGCUGGACUAAACCCCCAAUGUUUCAAGAUCCUAAAAAAGCCCCUGGUGAUGGCGCAAUGUAUAAGACCAUGCCUUUGUUGUGAAAGACCUGGGUUCAGUUCCACUGUGACCCAUCCACCAUUGUGUCCCUGAGCAAGACACUUAACCCCUUGUUGCUCCAGAGGUGUGCGACCUCUGACAUUUAUAUCAAUUGUAAGUCGCUUUGGAUAAAAGCGUCACAUAAAUGUAGAAAGACUUAAUGAAAUAAAAAAAACUUGAUGUCAAAAUCUACAAUAACUUAUCCUCAGUUUCACUGCUCAUGUGUAUGACGCCAGUGUUGGUUAACAAUUACAUACAAUAUUAAAUGAUAUGGUUAAUAAGCUU